AUUCCAAGGAGUCAAAACUAAGCCGCCCCACUUACAUAUCUCUAAAGAUUUUUGUGUUCUCGGCACCCUGGUACUUCUCUCUCUCCCUGAAAGAAAAGCUCUAAGAGUUAAGACUUCGUUCCAGAGCUCAGAUCAAAGACCCACAAAGAAAGAAGGAGAGAUGGAAGGAGAAAGAAGAGUUGGUGUAGCGGUGGACUUCUCUCCGUGCAGCAAGAAAGCGUUAAAGUGGGCUGCGGAUAACAUCGUCCGUGAUGGGGAUCACCUUAUUCUCGUUAGCGUUCAGCCCGAAGGUGGUUAUGAGCAAGGCGAGACGCAGCUCUGGGGAGCCACCGGUUCACCUUUAAUUCCUCUGGCCGAGAUUUCUGAUCCUGCGGUUAUGAAGAAAUAUGGAAUGAAACCUGAGCCUGAAACACUGGAUAUUCUCAACACACUAGCUAGGACAAAAGAGGUGGUGGUGCUUUUGAAGAUUUAUUGGGGUGAUCCUCGUGAGAAGAUCUGUGAAGCUAUUGAUAAAAUUCCUUUGAGCUGCCUUAUUAUUGGAAACAGAGGGCUUGGCAAGAUCAAGAGGGCUAUCAUGGGCAGUGUAAGCAACUUUGUGGUGAACAAUGGUUCCUGCCCUGUUACUGUAGUGAAGUUGGAUCAUGAAAUAUAGUUUCUUCUUCACCUCUACUCAAAGAAUAAGUGCAUUUGAGUUGGAUUUCUUAUGGGGGCCAGAAGUCUAAUUUUGCAUGUAGAUGUAGAAUUUGGUUGUGACUUUGGGUUGAUUGGGCGAGCUUGUGGCUAAUGUAUUGUGUUUAUAUUUUAUGUAUGCUAGCACUUUAUUCUGAGCUAAACUCAUUUCCCCAGAUGGAGUUUUUCUUCCUGAAACCUGAAGUUUAAGGGCCUAUGUAAUAAUGCUUAGUUUAUCAAUGCCUAAGAAAAAUUGGGAGUUAUAGCUAUGAUUUCAA